CUGUGUUUGUGGAUUGGAAGACUUAAUGCUAAGAUGUCAAUACUCUCUAAAACGAUAUCUAGAUUUAAUGUAAUUCCUGUCAAAAAUCCCAUUAAUGAUUUUCAUGGAAAUAGAAAAAUCCUUACCCUAAAAUUCAUAUGGAAUUUCAGGGAAGCCUGAAUAGCCACAACCAUCUUGAAAAAGAACAGCAUCAGAGAGCUCACACUUCCUGAUUUCAGAAUUUAUUACAAAGCUACGGUAAUGAAGACAAUGUUGUACUGGGCAUAAAGACAGCCAUACAGACCAGUGACAUAGAGAAAAGAGUCCAGAAAUAAACCCUUGUGUAUACGGCCAGAUGAUUUCCAACAAGGGUGUCAAGACCAUUCAAUGAGGAAAAGACAAUCUUUUCAAUAAGGGGUGCUGGGAAAACUGGAUAACCAUAUGAAAUUGGACCCUCGCAUUGUCAGAGGCAUUUGAACAAGAGCAACUCCAUCUUGAAUAGGGGCUGGGUAAAAUGAGACUGUCACCUGCUGGGCUGCAUUCCCAGGAGGUUAGGCAUUCUAAGUCACAGGAUGAGAUAGGAGGUUGGCACAAGGUACCAAAGACCUUGCUGAUAAAAGGAGGCAGCAAAGAAGCCUGCCAAACCCACUAAAACCAAAACAGUGAUUAAAGUGAUCUCUGGAGUGGGUAAGGGGUUGGGGUUGCACAUUUCCCCCAUUCCAAUCCCUGAUUUUUCUGAUGACCAGCCCCUCCUGAGGCCACCUAGGAGGUCUACCUAUGUUGCCUCAUUAGCAUAAAGUUUGGUGUCAUGGAAAGGGGACCCUUAGAAAAUAAUGAGAUAUUCCCAUCACUCAGGAAAUUCCAGGGUUUUUAUAGCUCUGUGCCAAGAACAGAAGACAAAGACCAAAUACUAUUUUUAUUAUACCUCAGUUACCUGGAGUAGUCAAAUUAAUAGAAACAGAAAGUAGAAUGGUGAUUGUCAGAAGCUGGGGGAAAGAGAGAAUGGUGAGUUACUGUUUAACAGGUACAGUGUCACAUUGGGAAGAUGAAAAAAGUUUUAGAAAUGGAUGGAGGUGACGGUUGCACAAUAAUAUGAAUGUACUUAAUGUUGCGGAACUAUACAGUUAAAAAUUGUUUAAAAGUCAACAAUUGUGUAUAUUUAGCCACCACUAAGCGAACAAACAAAAGACAUCCUGCUUUUGAGGUGUUCCCUUCUAGCUGGAAUCCCUGCUCACCUCCUGCUGCCAUCCACAUCAGCCUUUAGGCUCUAAAGAAUGCAUUCCCUAGCCUGUGUACUUGCUGGGUCUAUUCCAACACUGGCUUUGGUUUUCUGGUGGUUUGCAUAUUUCUCCCUCUUCUUUGUCCUUCUCUUGUCCACCUCCCCUCCAUCUCCACUUCUUCUUCCUACUAAAUGGCAAACUUCCCAGAGGGCCAGAACCUGGGCUGAUGAUAGGCAGAGAAUUUCUAGACAGAAAGGGUAGGGUCCCUGACAAGGGUCCCACCCUCAAGCCUGAAACCUCAGCCCAAAGUGAGAACUUUACAUCCCCGUUUUCUGGCUCAAAUGUUGCCUUUCCAAAACCACCCCUGCUCCCCCGCCCUCCACCAUCCUGUACCCAUAAAAACCCCAGGCUCUACUGACAGAGAGCAGAGAGGGAGAGAAGCAGUAGCCAGACAUCAGAGAGCAGAAGCGUUACUUUAGAGAAACAGCUUGAUAGUGGGACUUUGGAGAAGAGUCCAGCUGGGGACAGCCAGACUUCAGGGGAAGAACACCUUCCUGCUCCCUCUGCUUUCCAGCUCCCCUUCCCACUGAGAGCCACUUCUAUCAGCAAUAAAAUCUCCUGAUUUACUAUCCUUCAAUUCAUUUGUGCCAUCUGAUUUUUUCCUGGACGCCAGACAAUAGCUCAGGAUACAGAGAGCUGUCAUACUGGCUGUACUGGCUCUCUGCCCUCAUGAAAAGGCGUAGCGUCCACUGAGCUGUUAAACAUUUAAGCUAAAUGAGUGCAAUAUAAAAAACACCCUCUGGGGCUUUGGGGUCACAGGUACCCCCCGCUAGAUGCUGCCGGAGUUUUGCUCCUGCUGGUAGGUACCCCAAAGCGCUAACUCCAGGCCCUGUACCUGCUUGCCUGUGUGCUCCUGGUUCCUCAAGGGGCUGAGAGCUGCGGGCUAAGUGAGACACCCCUGUUACGAAGCCCACAAAGGGGUCAAGGAAAAUUUCCUGUUUCACUGACACAUCUGUCCUGUGUCUCAGAGCAAGGCCCUGGGCACAACAGCUGCUUGCAGAUGGAUGGGCAAAUUAACAGGUUUUCACUUCCUGAAAGGAAUUAAGAUGACCAGUUAACUGAGAGUUCAGGUGGUUGGAGGAGAAGAUUCUGCUGCCUGGGUUGUCUUCUUGAUGUGACUGGUUCUUAUUCCUUAUGUGGAAAAAGGUACUGAAUCCUUACUGCGUGGCUUGGACUGUGCCAGACCUAGGGUACUGAGAACACUGUCGCUGAGUCUGCUGUGUACCCUUUGAUGAGUGUCAUCACUUUCAUAGGUUUUGGCUUCAUUGGUCAAAUAGCAAUUAUACUGGCUACUGCAGAAGGUGCCGGAAAGGAUUAGAUGAGACAAUACAUGGAGAGCAUUCAGAUGGUAGUUUCUCAGAUAAGAAGUGCUAAAUGAGGUCAGGCGAGAUGGCACAUGCCUGUAAUCACAGCACUUUGGGAAGCCAAACGGGAGGAUUGUUUGAGCCCAGGAGUUCAAGACCAGCCUGGGAAACAUAGUAAGAUCACUAUCUUUACUAAAAAAAAAAAAAAGUACUAAAUAAAGAACAGAUGUUCUCAGUACCAUCAUCAAUAAGAGUAAUUGCCUCUGUCUUCUGUUGGCUCUGGAUCUAGAAAGAGAGGCCAGCACUGAAGUCUCUCCUAACACUACCAGACAUUGUCCCAGUGUAGGCGCAGUGUGGACAAGCAGGGCAGCUUCCUCAAGGUGAAGGCUGAGCUGAAUCUUAAUGAGUAAAGUGACCAGGAGUUGGUACAGAGGGGAGGCUGGGCCAUGGAGGUUUCCCAGUACUAUCCUGAUGGGGACUUGCCCCUCUUGAGAGCUACUUAAACUAAAAGCAAUACAGGUGCAGGAAAUUGGUGUCAUAUUCCCAGAGUGCGGUGAUGAAGACUUUGGAGACUCUGGGAUGACACAGAUACUCAGUGGGUCAACCCCUGUGCCUGUGCCUGAGACCUGAGUCUCACAAACCUGAGACUGAAGGAAUCGGGGUGCCUGAUAAUGGGAGGCUUAUCAGGUGUUCACAGCUAUUUUCCACCGCCUGGUUCUUGAUCUUUUUUCAACAAUGCUGUUAACAGGAUGUCCUUCCCCUGACUUCAACUCCCCUGAAGCCUCAACAUCAAACAGCCCUGUGUGGAUUGCAGGAUGUAGGUUGGAGUCCUAUCAAGGAUUAUUAAAAAUAAAUAAAACAAACCACACUCACACACACACACACACACACACACACUUAAGGUGAAGGUGAUAGUUGUUGUUUCCUCUUCUUUCUUUCUUUCUUGACCUCCUGACUUCUACCUAGCACCAUUCCCAAGUUAACCCAGUGGAAUAUCUCCCCUCCCUCGAUCUGCAGAGCUAAGGGCCUUUUUCUUUGGUGAGUCAUUCAUAGUUGGAGGGGGGCACCCUGCAAGCUCUGGCGGCCCAGCCAGACACUUCUGCUUUCUGACCUGAUUACAGGCAUCUUUCCUUUUUCAUACUGUGCAAAAAGUUGAGCUCAGCCUCUCACCCCAACACAAUUCAAGACGCAGCCUCGUCCCAGCAUGAGGGCAGAUAACAGGAGCACCAUCUGUGUUUGUAGAAGCUGGAGCUGGGAGCUUGGAAUUGCGAUUGGGUUCUUGGUCCCUCCUGUUUUGGUACCCAACAUCGAAGACCAGGACAAGCUUGCCUACCACAUCAGCAUCAUGUUCUAUAUAAUAGGAGGUGUGGCCACUCUCCUCCUCAUCCUUGUCAUCAUUGUGUUCAAGGAGAAGCCUAAAUAUCCCCCCAGCAGGGCCCAAUCCCUGAGCUAUGCCUUGGCCUCUCCUGAUGCCUCGUACUUAAGUUCCAUCGUCCGGCUCUUCAAAAACCUCAACUUUGUGCUGCUCGUCAUCACCUACGGUCUGAAUGCUGGUGCUUUUUAUGCCUUGUCCACUCUGCUGAAUCGCAUGGUCAUCCGGCACUACCCGGGGGAAGAAGUGAAUGCUGGAAGAAUUGGCCUGACCAUCGUCAUUGCAGGAAUGCUUGGGGCUGUGCUCUCAGGAAUCUGGCUGGAUAGGUCCAAAACCUACAAGGAGACAACCCUGGUAGUCUAUAUCAUGACUCUAGUGGGCAUGUUGGUAUACACGUUUACCUUGAACCUGGGAUACCUGUGGGUAGUGUUCAUCACUGCUGGCACAAUGGGCUUCUUUAUGACUGGCUAUCUCCCGCUGGGAUUUGAGUUUGCCGUGGAGCUCACGUACCCAGAAUCAGAAGGCAUCUCCUCUGGCCUCCUCAACAUAUCUGCACAGGUAUUUGGGAUCAUUUUCACCAUCUCCCAGGGCCAGAUUAUUGACAACUAUGGAACCAAACCUGGGAACAUCUUCCUGUGUCUGUUCCUAGCUCUUGGAUCAGCCCUCACUGCAUUCAUUAAGGCAGAUCUCCGGAGACAGAAAGCAAACAAAGAAACUCCUGAGAAUAAACUCCAGGAAGAGGAGGAAGAGAGCAACAGCAGCAAACUGCCCACUGCUGUGUCAGAGGAUCAUCUCUGAGAGGAAGGUGGUGACAACUCAGGGAACAUGAACACCCCACCUUUUCCUUCAGCACAGCUCUCACCGCCAGCACAAAGCGCUUCGCUAGAGAAGUUUUUGGAGGGAACCAGCAGGACUAUCUGUGGCUUGGAUGGCCUAUUCCGCCUAGAACCCAUGUAAGAGCUUGGAUGAUUUACUUGGAGAAAAUUGCAUUUUUCACCAAAUGCAAAUUGGAUUCCCACCUCCACCCACUUAAGGUUAUGGGAGUUGGUGUUGGGACAGGCUGGCAGAGAAUAGUGGAGUCAAUCCCAGCUUGGUCUCUUGCCUUCCCUCUUUUUCUCCAUCCUUCAUGGACAAUGCCUGCAAAAUUAUCAUAGGAAGAGGGCUUAUUCAGAAUAUUAACUUGAAAUUUCCAGUGUCCUAAGAGCCUCUCAUGAAGCCCAGUUGUAAGAAGGGGCAAGCUGCUCUGCCAGGGGUCAUCUCCUGGGUCACUGGACUGACUGCUGAGUUCUAGAGGAAGCACCACUAGAACAACUCCAUCAGAACAGCUCCAUCAGGACUUGUGGGCCUAAAUUCUCCUGGCCUAACAGGGUCUGUCUCCAAACCCUUUUUCCUAAGAGCUGAGCAAACCAAACAUUAAUAAACGUGACAAAGGACUUUGUUGUGGCCAUGAUGGAGACACCUACUUGGGAGGGCUACUACCUAGGUGUGAUCGUUCUGGGGGCUACCUGCUGAGUGUAUUUGUGGAGGCCCACGUUUGGAAGCUCUGUUAGCUUGAGUUGGGAAUGGGAAGGUUCUUUUUUACAGACGUAUUUCCCCAGGGACUUCUGUGUGUCACAUCACCUCUGAUGCCUUUAUCUCAAUGCUGUGUUGGGAAUCUCAGCCAUCAGCCCAAGUGCUUGUUUUAUUCCAAGGCAGGGUAAUCCCAGCCAACUUACUCUAAACUUUACUAAAAACUAAUCUUGAUUCAUUCCACUCUGACCAAUCCAAAGUUGAUUCUGAGAGAUAAGAGGGAAGGGGUAGAAGGAAAGGUGGUGCCCCCUUGAAAUGGGAAUUGAGUCUGAUAGAAUUAAAAGCUUAUCUCACCUCUGCUGGGGACAGUAUUUGUGCCACCAACCCCUAUCCCACCUGCUUUGAGUAAUAAUCUUUAUCAGACGUUCUAAACUUAAAGGGAUUCUCUUUAAAUCAACUCAAGUUGAUCUCCUUUUCUAUCUAGCCUGCUGUCUGGCUGUGCUCAUUGGCUUUCGUAAUACCUCCUAAAAAUGAGAUUUUGGUAACUUCUCCUAUGCAUUGGGCAGUUGCGAUCAUGACCACUGUGCUGUCUUGCUCCAGCCACUGCCCUGGCCUCAGUGUAUCUGGGCAGCCUGACCUGGCUGUAGUACUUCAGUGCCUGGGCCACUGCCUGAGAGGAGCCAGGUUUGUGUAUGUCUCUGUGUGUGUGUGUGUGUGUGUGUUUGUAGAGAUUUAAGCAAUGGAUGCAAGGAAUGUGCUGUAUGUAAUAGAAGAAAGAAGUUCAUGCUUUUGGUAGAAGUAGUGAAUUAGUAUGGAAGAGAGGUGAGGGUGUACUUUACUUUUUGAUAAGGAGAAAGAUGUUUACUCAUCAACCCUUCAAAAUGUAUUAACAAAAUGUUUACCAAACCUAUUGCUUUAUUUUAAAAACAUAAUUUGUAUUUUCUAUUUUUAAGAUCGGACGUUUCAAGGCAAUAAAAAGUUCUC